CUUGGUUUUUGGUCGUCACCAUCUUUGUUUUUGGUCGUCACCAUCUUGGUUUCUGGCCUUCGCCAUCUUUUGUCGUUUCACACUAUCUCUACUACAGCGCCUGACUUCCGCUUUUACUCCUGUUAUAGUUACUACGGCCGCUAGAGAUCACUGUCGUCUUCUUUUAUUCCUUCUUUCGGUGGUCAACCAUGUGAAUCAAUGAUAAAACCCCACAAGUAGGUGUAGCAGGCCCCUACUGACCCAUAUCUAUGAGGCUUAUAACCACUGAUAAUGCCCAUUUAAUAGCCUGAUAACAGUCUAACCUGCUGGUACAGCAAGGCUAUUUUUCUGCUGCAAACAUACAUUGCAUCUGCCUCUUCACCAUCUGUUUGUGACCGUUUAUUUGGUCUUAUAUGUAUCUUACUGAUAUUGGUUGAUCAUUUAUCUUUAAAAUCCUUUAUGACACUUCUGUAUCGCUUCACCCUCGCUUUGACUAAGUUACCACACAGCCCUACGCACAGCUCUGGUGUUGGACUGACUCAGACAGGUUAACACCAAACUGUGCUUCAGAUGUCUGAUAUUAAUAAUCAGCGUGAGCCAGUAAUGAGUAAUACACAUGCAUCACAGUUUCAGACCUUUACAGCGUACAUGAAAUUCAUUUUACGUGUUAAAAAAGAGAGAGUGGAAGACAGGAGUGUGAGGAGAAAUAAUAUUAGUCUUUUCUUUGUUGAGGGAAUGAGAAAAAUGUCCCCGCCGCUGUGUCACUGACAGCAAUUAGCCGCCUUGUUAUGACAGACAGUAGUGGGAGUUUGGAGGAGUGAGGCACGCUGCAGCAAACAGUUUGACUGGGAAAGCGACGAAAUGUAUUAGACGCCACAAUCUGCUGGGGUGUAAAUAUUUUCUCACUGCCGAGAAUCAGUUGGAUCCUUUGUACACUCUACAAUAAAUGUUUGUUUGAGAAUGACGGAGCAAUAUUUCACUCUUGUUUCCCAUAAAAUAGUUGCAAGAAUGACUCCGGCAUGUGUUGGUGUUGGUGUGCGGCAGAGAGACACAUACUUCCUUUCACUCCUCGGUCUCAAAGGUCCUUAAGUGAACUUUGUCACUACAGAUAGAGCCGAGCACUUUCGUGGUUUUCAUUUCAAAUCCCCGUCACUGACAAAAAGGAAACGGGCCACACAGAGGGACGUUUGUUGUGACAAACUGCUUUUGACAGAAAAGGACAGACUCAUGCACGAUGGCGGGAUCAGACUGGACUUGCAGUCUCUCAGCUAUGCGUGAAUGGGAGUCCGCAGAUUAUGAGCCGUCACUUCCUGUUUCAGAGAAGUCCAACCCCCUGACGCGUGACAUCGACCGGGCUUCAGCCAAUAGUAUUGUGAGGAUGUUACAGGCCUGUGACGCCCAGAUGUUUCAGGAAGAGACAGGAGCCACCUACCAGAGGCUUUUGAGUGAACAAGUGGUGGAGACAUUGAUGGAGGUUGCUCAGAAGGUGGAGCUCAUUCUCAAGGAUCCUCAGGACAGCCUGGUUGUACUGAGUGGUUGUGGGACUUCUGGUCGACUGGCUUUCCUCAUCUCGUCAGCUUUCAACAGAGCGCUGAGGGAGCUCAACCAGAGUUCAGUUUAUUCCUACAUCAUAGCAGGAGGAGACAGAGCGCUGCUAUCCUCCCAAGAAGCUCCUGAAGAUGACCCCAAACAGGGCAUGCUCAGUCUGAAGAAGGUCUGUGAGGGAAAGAAGCGUGUCUUGUUCAUCGGCAUUUCCUGUGGAUUAUCUGCUCCAUUUGUUGCAGGUCAGCUGGACUUCUGCCUGCAGCACCCUGAGGUCUUCACUCCUGUACUGGUUGGCUUCAAUCCUACACAUCAGGCCAGGGAUGAGUCCAUUCCAGGCUGCACGUUCACUUUUCGCAGUGUGGCGCUAAAGAUGCAGGAGCUCGCCAAAAGCCAAAAGGCCUUCCUCAUCAACCCAGCAGUCGGGCCAGAAGCUAUCAGCGGCUCCUCCAGGAUGAAAGGAGGCAGCGCCACUAAGAUUAUCCUGGAGGUCGUCCUGUCGGCUGCUCAUGCCUCCACCUUCACAAACACACCCAUCACUUACAAGGGCAUUCUGCAGCACAUGAGAGCGUACAAGAAAACUCUGGAUAUCACUUACGCUCAGACGGAGGGGAUAAGCGCUCUGUUGGAAGCAGCUGGACAGAGUUUGCGGCGUGGCGGGCGUGUGUGUUACCUGGGCUGGGGCUCCCUGGCCACCCUGGGCCUCAUCGACGCCAGCGAGUGCGUCCCCACAUUCGGCGCAGACUACGAAGAUGUUCGGGGCUUCAUCAGUGGAGGAUACAGAGAGUUGAGCAACAAUGAGGGUCCACUGGGUCCAGACCUUUGCAUCGCACAUGAGGAUUUUUUGCAUCUAGUUCUGCCCUCCCUAAACGACCAGGAUAUCGUUCUUCUUAUCUACACACACUCUGAUGAUGUCAGUGAAGUGGCGAAGCUGGCGCGCAGAGUGAGAGAGAAGAUGUCAAACCUCCACGCCGUUUAUCAUCGGGUUGAUGGAGACACUGCAGCUGCUGCACAACAAGAUGACAUCGAUAAGCUGUGUUUAUCCUCACUAAAAAUCACUUGGCCACCACCUGCUUCAGGGAGCUUACCACCCAUGUGGGAGCUGUCCACUAAGCUGCUGCUGAACGCCGUGAGCACCGGAGCUCACGUCUUAAAGGGAAAGAUUUACCAGAACCACAUGAUGGACGUGCAGGUCACCAACAGCAAGCUCUACUGCAGAGCCACACGUUUACUCCAGAAGCUGUCUGGUUGUCCUGAGUCCCAGUGUGAGGAAGCUCUCCUGAAGGCCGUCUACCGAGUAGACGAGCUGACAGUGGACAUCACAUCCUCUGACGUCAACACGCACACACAUACUGCCAGAAACACCACCAAGGUGGUCCCUCUGGCUUUGGUCUGUUUGCUGACUGGUCGCUCUCUCACGGAGGCGGAGACUCAUUUGGAGCAACAGCCAAUCAUAAGGGAGGCGGUGGAGGCCUGUCUGUCACUACAUUCAUGUAUUUAAUCAAUUUCCCCUCUACAGAGAGAGAGGUGAUGGGUCAGCAAAUUAACUGAUUUCUACUAUAUUUAGUGUAAUUAGUCAAAGUUGAGUCAAAGGUUUAUUGGUUCUUGUUUUGAUUAUGAGCUAAUAUUCAUUAUAAGCCAAAAUCAGAUGGCGACAGUUUGGAUUUUCUCACCUGCACCUGGAGGCCUUAAAGGAGACAUAUCAUGCUCAUUUUCAAAUUCAUAUUUGUAUUUGGGGUUUCUACUAGAACAGUUUACAUGCUUUAAUGAUAAAAAAAAAACA